AUUCUUGUUUAUUUAAAAACUGAACAAUAUUUUGUAUUCAUUUGUCUCCUUCCUCUUCGUCAGGAGCAGACGCCCGUCAUCGAGUCGACGCCAGAUAUCCACGCUCAGCAGCCAAUCAGAUCACUGUCACACAACUCUUCACGCAGAACAAGCAGAGACCCUCUCUCUCUCACAGACUUCAAACUGGUUGCAGUGCUCGGCCGGGGACACUUUGGGAAGGUGUUGCUGUCAGAGUACAAACAGAAGGGCUCUCUAUAUGCCAUCAAAGCUCUGAAGAAGGGAGACAUCGUAGCAAGGGAUGAAGUGGAGAGCCUGAUGUGUGAGAAGCGGAUCUUUGAGACGGUGACCGGCUCGCACCACCCCUUCCUCGUCAACCUGUUUGCAUGUUUCCAGACGCCGGAGCACGUGUGUUUUGUGAUGGAGUACACGGCGGGGGGGGACCUCAUGAUGCACAUCCACGCAGACGUCUUCUCCGAGCCCCGCGCUGUGUGAGUCCAGUGUGUGUG